GUCCAGUGACAGUAGAUACAACGCCUCCUACUACAGGACAUGUCAUCGAUAUUCUUAAUACAAACUAUACCGAAGAUGACGUAGAUUAUAUAACUAACCAAUCACCACUUUCUGUUAGAUGGCAAGGAUUCCGUGAUCCCCAUUCAUCAAUGAAGUACUAUACUGUUAAAGUUGGUACCUGUGAUGAUUGUGAUGACAUAAUUCCAGAAAUCAAAACGGGAAUAACUUCACAUUUUACCUUUCCACCGUCCAAAUUUACUCCUGGAACAAAAUAUAUCACCACGGUAACAGGGUGCAAUAUGGCUGACAUGUGUACGUCGGUCACUUCUGACGGGGUAAUAAUUGACGUGACACCACCGGACAUGGGAAGAGUUGUAGAUGGAACGAAAGAUUUAGAUGUAGAAUUCCAAGCAACCAGAAACUUUGUUGGCGCCAAAUGGUAUGGGUUUAAAGAUGCACAAUCUGGUAUAGCGAGAUAUGAAUGGAGAGUAGGGACAACCAUUGGAGGCGAAGAGUUACUUAGCCCUCAAGUUUUACCAGUGGUGGAACUGGCCUAUAAAUCUAAUUUACCUGAUAAUAAACUAUUGCCUAUUGAUACUAGAAUUUAUAUUACUGUUAGAUGUUACAAUAAAGCAGGUUUAUACAGCGAAGCUACAUCAAAUGGUUUUAAAAUCGAUACAACAUUACCAGUAGUGGCGCAAAGGGCAGUUCCCGUUUCAUCGUUUAGUUCUAUUUUACCUUCAACUACCAUAUCAAAAUCUAGUAUUAAAAUUGAAUGGAAGUUUACUGAUGAUGAAUCGGAUAUAGAAAGACAGUACAUUUCUAUUUCACCCCAUUUAUUGGGAGAUUUCACUUCUUCAGCUAUGGAGAUUCCUAGUGUGGUAACAGAGUUUGCGUUUUCUGGUCUCGCUCUACACGACGGUAGUAAAUAUAAAGUUAAAGUGAUUGGUUGUAAUUUAGCUGGUUUGUGUCUGUCGAGUGUUACAGAUGAUAUACUAGUUGAUUCUACACCGCCUACCAGAGGUAUGUUUGCUAUUGAUACUGACCACGCCGCUAACUUAAACAGAGAUAGGAAUAACUGGAAUCACUGGUCUACUACGUCUAUUAAGUUAGCAUGGUUGGGAUUUGCCGAUCUACAUACUGGUAUAACUGAGUAUAAAGUCAGUGUUGGAACCAAACCUUUCCUUACCGAUCUCAACCAGGGCGAUCAACAAACCACGUUUCAACAUGUAGCUGGAGAUAAUUUUGAUGAUGAAGGAAUGGUACAAUCAGUUACAAUAACUACCAAGACACUUCAUAUGGGCAAUUCUGUUUUCAUAUCUGUAUGGGCUGUUAACGGGGUUGGAUUAAAAAGUCAGCCUGCUCAUUCUGAAUUUGAACUUGCAGAAGGAGGAAUGUUAGAUUUAGUCAGGAGAUGUCAACCGUAUAAUUGUCUUGGACAUUGUGUUUGUGCUGCACAAGACAAAUCAUGUUCAGAUGCUGAAAACUGCAGAGACAUCUCAACAGGGAAUCCAAAUAAUAUUGUCCAAGUUACUGACAUGACUAAUUUGAUGUCAUCUGAUGCUGCACAGACUUACUACACAUCGUCUGAUAAUUUUGUAGCUGCCAGAUGGAGGAUAAUAAACCCACAAGGCAUCUCUCCUAUAAGAUAUGAAUGUAGUGCCGGAUAUUCCAGUGAAAAUUCACCCAGUGGAAUAUAUGACACUGAUACAGAAAGGACAUGGUUUGAUGUUGGUGAAAAUACCGAAACUAUAAUAACUUUACCUACAGCUAAGGUUUUAGAUAAGUCUAUACCAUAUAGUGUAUUUGUGAGGGUAUGGUAUAAUACAAAUCAAUAUGCGAUAUAUAAGUCUCCCGGCAUUACAUCACUGUCGUCUGCGCCUAGUGUCAGUCACAUAGCGACAGCUGCUAUAAAAGAAUUAGAAACUAUAUCAAGUGUUAAGGAUUUAGAUUACCAAACAUCAAGCAAUCAGAUUAUUGUUGGUUGGAAGAAUAAAUUUAGAGGAGGAAUUCAUGGAUUCGAUUAUUUUAAGUCUUAUAUAAGCACACAUCCACAAGGCCACAACGUUCAUCAGUCAUCUACAAGAGUACCUGGAAAUACUAGUGUAUAUACAGCUACUAAUCUAAAUCUACAAGAGAAUAGAGAAUAUUAUAGUACUGUACUAGCUUAUAAUAAAGCAGGAUUAUUGAGCUGGGCCAAUAGUGAUGGCAUAUUAAUAGACAAUACAACUCCCACUUCCGGUAUUAUACAUGAUGGUAAUGAUAUCUAUGAUAAAGAUUACCAAUACUCUACAACAGUUAUAUCAUCAUCAUGGUAUGGGUGUACUGAUAGUGGUACUGGUAUAGUUAAAUAUUACUGGUGUAUUGGUACUGGUAUUAGUACUACAGAUUGUAAUAUACACGACUGGAAGAAUGUAGGAUUAAAUACUAGAGUGUCUGUAAACCUAACCUCACCUUUAAAUCAUGGUAGGCAUUCUAAUACAAAGUUUCCAUAUUAA